GCUUCCACAGGAAGUCUGAGAUAUUUGGCUGAUUGGUUGUCCCAGUCAUGGCGGUUUCCUGUGGCAAGGAGUCCCAGGGGGCACCUGGUUCUUCCCUGAUUUUGCAGGCCUGUGCUACAUGCCACCCGAAAGAGUAGGAAGGAGGAAACAAGAUGAGGCUGUCCAGCCGGGGGCAAUAUUGCCAGGUGAGCCCAGAGGCUGGCACAGCCGGUUCUUUGGGAGAAGACAGAGCCAGCCAUGAGGAAGUUGUGGCUUUGCCCCUUGGCAGGCGAAGCUGUGCUGUGAAAAUAUUUGCUAAGGAAGAGCAAAAACCCCACCCAGAAAGAAGGGCAGAGAGGAAGAGCAGCUGCCUUCGAAAAGAGUUGCGCAGGGGCGCAGGCAAAGCCUCUCCUGUAGGAUCCGGGCGGCUGGAAAGGGAGAGACGGCUGCGCUGGACGGACAGCAAUGGCCUCCCUUUGCUAGGAGAACAGGAAAGCAUUGGCAGCAGCACCGUGUUCUGCCCCAGGAUCCUGAGGAGACGUUGCCUUCUCCAGAGGACUUUUGGUGUGCCUUCAUGGCUCCUGCCCUGGCCAUGGUCAUGGUUGCCUUCCUCCUGCCCUGCUCCGUCUCUGGCUGCCCAGAGGUCUGCACCUGCUCCGACAGGGAGGUCAACUGCAUAGAGCACCAGCUACGCUUUGUGCCGGACAACCUGCCUCCCAACGCCACCACCAUCCUGCUGGACUACAACCGUAUCACCGCCCUCCGGAACAGGAGCUUUGUGGCCCAGAAUACCCUGUCCCGCCUGAGCCUCCGCAGCAACCAGUUGGUGAGCAUCCACCGCCAGGCCCUGGCCGGCCUCAGCCAGCUGCAGGAGCUGGACCUGAGUGGGAACUACUUGAGUCUCCUGUUGCCGGAGAUUUUCUUGCCGGUGCCUAGCUUGAUGGCGCUCAACCUGGACAAUAACCGGCUCCUGAAGCUGGAGGCAGAGCUGGUGGGCGCCAUACCGCGGCUCCAGAGCCUUUCGCUGCAGGGCAACGCUUUGACUUCUAUCGAGUCAGGCUUCUUUGAGAACGUGCCCCUGCUCCGCUCCCUGAAGCUGGCCGGAAACCCCUGGGCCUGCUCCUGUGCCAUCCAUCCUCUCUUCCAGUGGCUGACGGACAACAUUGACAAGGUCCCAGAGGUGAGUGCCGUCUCUUGCAAGCGCCCAGCGUUCCUUUCCCACAGGCCCAUCGUCUCCCUCGGGAACGGCUCCUUCGCCCACUGCCAGGAUUCCUGGCUGAACCCCCAGGACUACGCCUUCUUCCUGCUCAUCGGACCCUCCACCUUCCUCACCAGCAUCUGCGCCUGCAUCCUGGCUGGCUCGCUGGCUGUCGCCCGCCGGAGGAUGAUGGCAAUGAUGGCAGUGGUGCACAGGAGGGCAGGGACCCUGGCCAGGCGGGCAGAGCAUCGCCAACGCUGAGGCUGCUGUGGGAGGACACGGCCUUUCUGUUCAUCCUGUGAGGUGGGCCAGGUUGCCUCUUGGCUGUUGUUUUGCCUGAAAUGCUGAUAGCAGAAGGACUCACCAAGAGUCCUGAGCAAUAGAGGAGAGGCUGGGUGGGUGGGCCAGCUUCUCCUCUAUUCCUUGCUGAGGGUUACGAAGUAAACAAAGGUUGUGUCUGUUAAGUCACAGUAAUAUUGUUCAUAUAAUAUUAAGGACACCACAAACAUUUCUCAUAUCAGAGACUUCCUUCAUUUCUACUUACCAACCUUCUCCUCAUAUGCAAAAAAGAAAAAGAAGACAACUACUUGCAACAUACUGUGCAACUAUUGGUAUAACAAGUUGCAAAAGAGUGAAUUGAACUCUUAACUAUUUUGUUACUUAUGCAUAUAUGAGUAAAAGCUUAACCCUGCACUAUAUGCUUUAAGCAGCAGAGUGAAUUAAACUCAAACUGUUUUGCUGAAUUGAACUCUAACUAUUGUGUUACUUAUGCAUAUACAGUAGAGUCUCACUUAUCCAACGUUCUGGAUUAUCCAACGCAUUUUUGUAGUCAAUGUUUUCAAUACAUCAUGAUAUUUUGGUGCUAAAUUCGUAAAUACAGUAAUUACUAUGUAGAAUUACUGCAUAUUGAACUACUUUUUCUGUCAAAUUUGUUGUGUAACAUGAUGUUUUGGUGCUUAAUUUGUAAAAUCAUAACCUCAUUUGAUGUUUAAUAGGCUUCUCCUUAAUCUCUCCUCAUUAUCCAACAUAUUCACUUAUCCAACGUUCUGCCGGCCCGUUUAUGUUGGAUAAGUGAGACUCUACUGUACUUGCAACAUACUGUGCAACUAUUGGUAUAACAAGUUGCAAAAUAGUGAAUUGAACUCUAACUAUUUUGUUACUUAUGCAUAUACAGUAGAGUCUCACUUAUCCAACAUAAACGGGCUGGCAGAAUGUUGGAUAAGCGAAUAUGUAGGAUAAUAAGGAGGCAUUAAGGAAAAGCCUAUUAAACAUUAAAACAUUAAAAAUUAGGUUAUGAUUUUACAAAUGAAGCACCAAAACAUCAUGUUACACAACAAAUUUGACAGAAAAAGUAGUUCAAUACGCAGUAAUGCUAUGUAGUAAUUACUGUAUUUACGAAUUUAGCACCAAAAGAUCACAAUGUUUUGAAAACAUUGACUACAAAAAUGCCUUGGAUAAUCCAGAACGUUGGAUAAGCGAGUGUUGGAUAAGUGAGACUCUACUGUACUUGCAACAUACUGUGCAACUAUUGGUAUAACAAGUUGCAAAAGAGUGAAUUGAACUCUUAACUAUUUUGCUACUUAUGCAUAUAUGAGUAAAAGCUUAACCCUGCACUAUAUGCUUUAAGCAGUAGAGUAAUUAGAACUCAAACUGUUUUGCUGAAUUGAACUCUAACUAUUGUGUUACUUAUGCAUAUAUGAGUAAAAGCUUAACCCUGCAUUAUAUGCUUUAAGCAGCAGAGUAAUUAAAACUCAAACUGUUUUGUUAUAUGAACACAUACUUGUGAGAAUUUAAUCCUGAAAUAUCUAUUUUAGAAACACUACACUGCUACGUGUCAAUAUUUGGUGGAUAUAUGUGCAUAAUAUUACUGUGACUUAACAGACACAACCUUUGUUUACCUCCUUUAUACUGUAUAGAUAUCUGUGACUUUUUGGAGGGUUACGAAGUCCCACAGGUGUGUCUGUUGAAUUUCCCAGGAAUUAUUGUCUUGUCAUUUUUCUUUCUUUCCCCCAAAAUGGUCCCACCGCCCUGCUUCUGGGCGUCCUCUGUGUGUAUCGAAGCCACAAAACCAACCUUCCCAGCCCUUUGUGGGGCCAGGAGCGUGGCCGGUUUUGCCUCCCCCCUCCCCAUAUAUAUCAUUCUGAAUGUGGCUCAGGGACAGACAGAGACACACACUCUUGUUGGCAUACGAAGUUCAUUGAAGAAUACCCGUCAGCUGUUACAAAAAUUCACAGUACAAUUGUAAAUAAAUAUGUUGAUUACUGAUCAUGAUCAGAUGCGGAUGCC